CACACCGAUGGCGCGAGCAGCAACACAAGCUUACGGCGAUGCUGAGGAAGUCGGAGAAGUCGGUGGUCCGUCUCUUGCAGCAGGACCAGCCCUGGUGAAUGGAGAGACCAACGUUAACGGCGGAGUCGCAAGGAUGAGGGUGAUGUAACAGCCAUGAAGCCCAAUCUGAGGGGAAUCACGAUGCGCUUCCCGUUUCUUUUCCGUCGGAUUUGCUUUCUGCUCACAUUCUGGCCGGCGGUGAGGGCCGGCCAAGGGCUGCUACUCUUCAGCCAGCCCGCCUAUAAUGCCUCCAUCUUUGAGAACUCUGCCGCCAGGACCUACGCCGGAAGCCAAGUCAAAAUGGGCAUCGUCCUGGUCCGACCAUUAGACAUCACGUUCUCCAUUGAGUCCGGCGACAGCGAGGGAAUCUUUCAGGCGGAGAACUUUACGAUGGGGGAUUUCUGCUUCCUACGCAUACAAACAAACACCGGUGCCAUGCUGAAUCGAGAAGUUCAAGACAAUUACACUCUGACGGUAAUGGCCUCCGCCCAAGGAGGCCUGGAGGCACUGACCACCAUCUACAUAAAUGUCUUGGACACUAACGACCUGCGUCCUCUCUUCUCCCCAACCUCCUAUUCGUUUGUGGUGUCCGAGAGCACCCCUUUGGGCACCAGCGUCGGCCGUGUGACCGCCACCGACGCGGACAUUGGCGCUAACGGCGAGUUCUACUACUUAUUCAAGAGCAAAGUGGACCUCUUCGCCGUGCACCCCACGAGUGGCGUGCUCACGCUGACUGGGCGGCCUAGGAUGGACAACCAAGAGCGCUUUGAGUUGGAGGUACAAGUGGUGGACCGAGGGAUGAAGCUCUACGGUAGCAAUGACAUCAGCAGCACGGCCCGGCUGGUAGUGAGCGUGACACAGAUAAAUGAAUUUGCCCCCAUCCUGAGGGUGGUCACCGUGGACCCGUCCUGGACUGAACAAAACCCGGUCUUUGCCAAAGUGGCGGUGGAGGAUAACGACGAGGGGGUGAGCGGGUACGUAGAGUGGGUGUCCAUCGUUGACGGUGACCCGCUUGAACAGUUUGCCAUUGAUCGAUCACCACUCGUUGCAAACGAAUACUGGGUCAGAGCCGCACGGCAGGUCGACUGGGACAAAUAUCCUUAUGGCUGCAACUUAACCAUCCAGGCCAAAGACCGGGGCGUCCCUCCUAAAUUCUCUAACACUCAGUUGCUUCAGUUGUUGGUCACAAAGGCCGAACCGACGCUGGGGAGUUUUGAGAAAGACGUUUAUGAAGUGGUGUUGAGUGAAAUUGCUCCCCCAGGCACUGUUGUCGAGGUGCUCAGAAUCUCCCCGGCUCCCACGAGUGUCAAUUACAGCUUCUGCAGCCUCUCAGAACUAAUGUACUUUGAUAUCAAUCCGUCGACCGGUGUUAUUAUGACCUCAAGGCGCCUCACAAGGAUAUCACAGAUUUUCAUGGAGAUGGAAGUGUUAGAGGCUGUCAGUCGGCUGAGAGCAAAGGUCCAGAUCACAGUGGAGGAUGCUAAUGACAACGCCCCGGUGUUCAGCCGGCCCUUUUAUGACAUUUCCAUCAAUGAAAGCUUGGCUGUCGGCACCGUUGUUCUCAUCGUGUCAGCCUCGGAUGAAGACAGAGGAGAGAACGGCUACAUCACUCACACAAUUACCGGUGAGCAGUCGCUUCCUUUCUCCGUGAACCAAGACACGGGGGAGCUGAGGAUCACGCGAGACCUGGACUUUGAGUCUUCGGAAGAAAUCUAUACGUUUGCUGUGCGAGCCUCGGACUGGGGUUCGCCCUACCGACGGGAGAGCGAAGUCAACGUAACGAUCCGUUUGAUAAACAUAAAUGACAACCCACCUGUUUUUGAGAGGGUCUCCUGCAGAGGUAUGAUCGGCCGGGAUUUCCCCCUCAGCCAAACCAUUGUCACCCUGUCGGCAGUGGACAUGGACGAACUCGGAAUGGUCAAGUAUGAGGUCGUCUCUGGAAACGAGAUGAACUACUUUAGGUUGAAUCCGGAAUCUGGCGCCUUGUCGCUGAAGAGGUCAUUAGCGGGGGCGAAUUUAAAAAGCGGAACGUUCACCUUGAAAGUCGUUGCCACAGAUGGCGAGAUGUUCUCCACGCCCAUGUUUGUGAACAUAUCCGUCGUGAGGGGAUCGAUAUCUCCCCGAGGGCUCAGCUGCAAGGAAACCCAGGUGGCUCAGUUGAUGGCGGAGCAAAUGCUCUCAAAGGCCUCAGCGAUGGCUCGAGUGAGACAAGAUGACAGGAGUCCAGAUGUUUUCUCCGUAAACAAAGAAGCGCCGCAGUUUGAGGCCCUGCCUACGAGUAUUCUGGUCCGGGAGGACCUUCCCCCCGGAGCCAGCGUGUUCCAGGUGAGGGCACGAGAUGGCGACACUGGCUUCAACGGGCGUCUUCUGUUUUCCAUAUCCGAUGGCAGCCAAGAGAACUGUUUGACCGUGGGCAUGGAGAGCGGCUUGCUGACCGUUCUGCGGCCGCUGGACCGUGAACGAACUGACCGCUACUUUCUCAACAUCACCGUCUACGACCAAGGUGUCCCCCAGAUGUCUAACUGGAGGCUCCUGACAGUCAUCGUGGAAGAUUCCAAUGACAACGACCCGGAGUUUGCCCAGGAUGCGUUCACUGCACUGGUUGCUGAAAACACCCCCUUGGGCAGGCAGGUGCUCACCGUCUCCGCUUUGGACAAAGACGCCGGUCAGAACGGGCAGCUGUCCUAUCUUUUGCUGACCGGCGUCCCUCAGUUUGGCAUCGACAGCGAAACCGGUGGUGUCUUUGUGGCCGGCCACCUGGACCGGGAAAGCUUCCCGACGUUUACUCUGAGGAUCGAGGCCAGAGACAAAGCCGAAAGAGGCAACCGGCGAUCGGCAGUGACCACGCUGAAUAUAAUCGUGGAAGAUGUCAACGACUGCGCCCCGUCCUUCAUCCCGAGUACCUACAGCACUCGAGUGCUGGAGGACCUCCCACCGGGGGCUGUCAUUAUGUGGGUCCAGGCCAAGGACCCGGAUAUCGGGUCCGGCGGGCAAGUGCGGUACUCCCUCUUCAAUGACUUCAACGGCACUUUUGAGAUGGACGCCGUGAGCGGCAUGCUGAGGAUCAGGAAGGAGCUGGACUUUGAGAAGCAGGCCUUUUACAACCUGACCUUGGUCGCCGAGGACCAGGGGUCGCCCACGCUCAGCAGCCUGACCUAUAUGGAGAUUGAGGUGGCGGACGUCAACGAGAAUUUGUACGCGCCCUACUUUGCCGACUUUGCCGUGAGAGGCUCGGUGAAGGAAAACUCACGGGCGGGCACCAGCGUGCUGUCAGUGGUAGCCACGGACGACGACAAUGAGAGGGACGGCGUACUGAAGUACUCCAUUCGAGGCGGCAACGGCCUGGGCGCCUUCACCAUCGACGAAGACACAGGGGUGAUUUACACAGCAGGCAUCCUGGACUGCGAGAGCGAAGACUCCUAUUGGCUGACGGUGUACGCCACAGACCGAGGGGUCACGCCGCUGUCGGCUUCCGUCGAGGUCUUCAUCCAGGUGGAGGACGUGAACGACAACGCGCCGCUCACCUCGGACCCCAUUUACCACCCGUCGGUGAUGGAGAACUCGCCCAGGGACGUGUCGGUCAUCCGCAUCCAGGCGCAGGACCCCGACCUCAGCUCCACGCCCAGCCGCCUCAGCUACCGCAUCACUGCCGGCAACCCGCAGAAUUUCUUCUACAUCAACCCCAAAACAGGCUUGAUCACCACGACGUCGAGGAAGCUGGACCGAGAGCAGCAGUCGGAACACUUCCUGGAGGUGACGGUCAUCGACGGGCCGGUGACCACCCGCCAGUCCACCGUGUGGGUCAUGGUCCACGUGGAGGACGAGAACGACAACCCGCCUGUCUUCCCGGAGGUCACCUACCGCAUCCGCUUGCCCGAGCGCGACCGCAAUCGGCGCGGCGAGCCCGUCUACCGGGUCUUCGCGCACGACCGCGACCUGGGCGCCAACGCCAACGUCAGCUACAGCAUCGUGGACGGUAACCGUGAGGAGACUUUCAACGUGGACCCACGCACUGCCAUGGUGGUGUCCAAGAAGGCGGUGGCGGCCGGCACCUAUCACGUCCUCACGAUCAAAGCCGAAGACGGCGGCGACCCCCCGCUGUGGUCCACGGUCAAGCUUCACGUGGAGUGGAUUCGCCGGCCUGCGCCCUCGCCGCUGCCCCUGCUGUUCACCCAGCGCUGCUACAACUUCUCCGUGCCCGAGACGGCCGCCGUGGCUCAACCCGUGGGUGUGGUCGCCGUGGGCCAAUCCAACAACCCCGUUUGGUUCAACAUUGUGGGUGGACGCGUGGCCAGAGAAAUGUUCUACAUUCCUCAGAACGCGUGUGGAAGGAACUGCUCGCUUGACACUGGUAGUUUCGAUAUGCAGUUUGACCUCCAAGUGGGCGUGGCCACCCUGGUGGUGGCCAAGCCGCUGGACGCCGAAGUGCAGGCCUUCUACAACAUGACGGUGCAGGUGACAGACGGCACCAAUGUUGCCACCACGCAGGUAUCCAUCCGGGUCCAGGACAGCAACGACAACCCUCCGGCGUUCUCGCAACCGGCCUACGACGUCAGCGUUUCCGAGGACGUGGCGGUGGACACGGAGCUGCUGCGCCUUCGUGCGUCCGACAUGGACGAGCGCAGCCGUCUCAGCUUCUCCAUCUAUGGCAGCGUGGACCCGGCUAGCAUGCGCUUAUUCCGGCUCAGCCCGAGCACGGGGGCGCUCUACACGGCCGACCAGCUGGAUUACGAGGCCCGGACGCAGCACAUCCUCACGGUCAUGGUCAAAGACCAGGAGUUUCCAUUCAACCGGGACCUGGCUCGAAUCCUGGUGGCGGUCGAGGAUGCCAACGACAACGUCCCCUACUUCACCAGCACGGUUUACGAUGCGGUCGCUUUGGAAUCGUCCCCCGUCGGUACAUCGGUCUUGCAAGUCACAGCGCUGGACAAGGACAAUGGCGUUAAUGGGCAACUCACCUUUACUAUACAAGCAGGCAAUACGGGCGGCGUAUUCGGCAUCAAUAACAACACAGGCCUCAUCUUCAUCGCCAAGGACGUGGACAUCACUUCUGUGGGCUUUUACACACUCACCAUACGAGUCACCGACGGCGGCUUUCCACGUCUAAUGGCCACCGCUUCCGCCCGUGUAUCUUUGACGCUGUCCGACGUAUCCAGACCCAAAUUCUCCCAAAAUGAGUACCAGGCCGAGAUCAUGGAAAACAGCACGGCCGGAGCUUACGUGACCACCGUUAGUGCCUUGAGCCGCUCGGCACUUGUUUAUGACAUCACCAGGGGCAACGAGGAAAGGUGCUUCUUCAUUAAUCACCACACGGGUGUCAUCAGCACGCGCAAACGCUUCGACUUUGAGAAAAUGGCCUCCUACUUCCUGAUGGUUCGCGCCUCCAGCAUGGCGGGCACAGAGGCCACUGCCGCACUUGUGGUUCAAGUGGGCGACGUCAACGACAAUGCGCCUGUCUUCCAGCAAUUAAGGUACACGGGAGCCAUCAGCGAGGCGGCGCCAGUCAACAGCGUGGUCCUGGGGGACGACGGCAACCCGCUAGUCAUCCGGGCGACAGAUGCCGACCGCAAUCACAACGCCCUGCUGGUGUUCCAGAUCAUAGACGAGACUGCUCGCAUGUUCUUCAGCGUGGACUCUGGGACCGGAUCCAUCCGGACCAUUGCCAGUGUGGAUUAUGAGACCUUCCCCGAGUUUGUCUUCAGGGUUCACGUCAGAGACAGUGGACAGCCGCCGCAAAGUGCCGAGCGUCCUGCUGAGGUGCUUAUCAAGGUGAUCAACAUCAAUGACUCGCCGCCCAGAUUCUCUCAGGACAUGUACGAGAGCAUCCUCCUACUGCCCACCUACCCCGGAGUGGAGGUCCUCCGCGUGGAAGCCUUCGAUCCGGACGUAAGCUCAGACCCUGAGCGCAAGACUCCCCAACUUGUCUACUCGCUGGUGGACCGCAACAUGGAGCACUUCUCAGUGGAGCGCAGUAGCGGCGUGGUAACGGUCAUCAAUCAGAACCUCAGCAACGACCGUUAUCGAUUCAACGUGAAGGUUUGGGACGGUCGUUUCUCCAGCGCGGCGUUGGUCACAGUGCUCAUCCGCCAAACCGUCAACAGCGGCCUCUCCUUCGCCGUCCCCUUUUACACCGCCACGGUACGAGAGAACACCCGCAACGCCAGCGUCCUGGCCGUGGUCAACGCCGUCGGCCAGCGCCUCAACGAGCCUCUGAGAUUCACGCUGCUCAACCCCGGCGGGCUCUUCGCCGUGAGGCCCACCUGCGGGGCCUUGCUUACUGUCGGCGUCCCCUUUGACCGGGAGGAGCGGGACAGCUACGAGCUGGUGGUGGAGGUCCGCAGAGAGGAGGAAGUGCUGAAGGUGGCCAGAGUCACAGUCAGAGUGCAGGUUGAGGACGACAACGAUAACGCCCCCGAGUUUGUCAACCUCCCAUACUACGCCACUGUGCGGGUGGAAGCGGAACCCGGCUCGUCCGUUUUCACGGUGACGGCCACCGACCGAGACUUGGGCGUGAAUGCUCAGGUGACCUACCGCCUGAAGGAGCCACACAGGAACUUUCAGGUGAACCCAGUGACGGGUGAGCUGACGUUGACGCGAGCCUUCGAGGCCGACCUGUCUAACGCCGAGUUCAAGGUGGCGGUGGUGGCGUCGGACGGCGGCGGCCCCCCUUUGUCCAGUGAGGUGGAGCUUCCUGUUAGCGUGCUGAACCGAGCCAUGCCGCUCUUCGACAAGCCCUUUUACGGUGUCACCGUGCCCGAGGACGUGGCCGUGUCCACUUCGUUGCUGAGCAUCAACGCCAGCAGCCCAACGGGGCAGCCCAUCGUUUUCACCCUGGCCGGCGGUGACCCGUCGCGGCAGUUCGACAUCGGCUUCGACACGGGCGCCGUCAGCGUGCUGUACCCGCUGGACUACGAGACGGCGCCGUACUACCGCCUCACGGUCAGGGCCACCGACACGCUGACGGGCGCCAGGUCCGAGGUGGACGUGGACGUGGUGGUGCAGGACGUCAACGACAACGCGCCCGUCUUCCGGAAGCCGGCGUACGCGGCCGUGCUGCCUGAGAACGCCAUGAUCGGAACCAGUGUCCUGCAGGUGUCUGCUCAGGAUCAAGACUCGGACAAGAACUCCAGGGUCAGCUACGAGAUGGUGUCGGACAUCCACAACAGCAGCGACUACUUCCACGUGGAGCGCGACAGCGGCCUGCUGCUGACGGCGCGGCUGCUGGACUACGAGCGCAGGCCGCGCUUCAACUUUGUGGUGCGGGCGACGGACGGCGGCGAGCCGGCGCUCAGCAGCGACGUCAGCGUCACGGUGGCCGUGGCCGACACCAACGACAACCCGCCCGACUUUAGCCAGACGCUCUACGAGGCCUUCGUCAGCCAGCUGGCGCCACCGGGACACUUUGUCACCUGCGUUCAGGCCUCGGACGCCGACAUGGGCGACACUCAGAGGCUCAGGUACAGCAUCCUGUCUGGGAAUGAGCGCAUGACAUUCUCCAUGGAGGCGGAGAACGGCAUUCUGCGUCUAUUUAACAAGAGGCGACAAGGCAUGAAGCUGUCGUAUCAACUCAACGUCUCCGUGUCUGACGGCGUCUUCACCAACACGGCUCAGGUGGUGGUCUACGUGCUGGGAGCCAACCUGUACAGUCCGGUGUUCAGUCAGCGGUUCUAUCUGGCAGAAGUCCCAGAGAAUGCACCGCCCGGGUCAAAGGUCACCCAGGUGCGCGCCACCGACGAGGACUCGGGUCUGUUCGGCCAGAUCACUUACUCCUUCAACAACGACUUUGGGAAGACUCGCUUCGCCGUGGACGCCGACGGGCUCGUCACCACCGCGCAGAGGCUAGACCGAGAGGACCCUCUCAACAAAGACAUCCUCCUUACUGUCAUGGCACUGGAUGGCGGAGGCCGGGCGUCGUUCUGCACCGUGCGGGUGGUGCUGGCGGAUGAGAACGACAACGCGCCACGCUUCCGGGCGGUGGAGUACCGCAUGAGCAUCAAGGCCGACGUGGGCAAAGGCUCCCUGGUCACGCAGAUCCAGGCCAGCGACCCCGAUGCCGGCGCCAACGGCAGGAUUGUCUACUCGCUCUACAGCGAGGCGCGCUUGUCCCUGGUUGACGUCCUGGAGGUGGAGUCGGACAGCGGCUGGAUGAUGACCAAGAGCUCCGUGUUCCACCUCCAGGGGACGGUGCUGUCUUUCUUCGUCAAAGCCACCGACUGCGGCUCGCCGGCCAAACACUCGCUGGUGUCGGCCUUCAUCCAUGUGGUGCCCCCCGCCGCCUUCAUCCCGUCCUUCAGCCAGCCCCAGUACUCCUUCACCGUCCCCGAGGACACGCCGGCCGGCACGGCGCUGGGCUCCGUCUACAUGGGCCCGGGCCAGAGCGCCACCUUCUCCGCCGUAGCCGGGGAGACGGCCGACAGCAACCGAGGCGGCACGUUCCUGGUGGAGGCCGACACGGGGCUGGUUCGCCUGGUCAAGCCCAUGGACUACGAGCAGGUGCCCGUCUACCGUUUCAAGGUGGCCGCCGCCACCCGCAGGGACCUCAUCGAGGCCAUCGUCAGCGUGGACGUGGAAGUCAAGGUAAUGGACGUGAACGACAACGAGCCAACCUUCGAGACAGACACGUACGUGGCCACGGUGAUGGAGGGCAUGCCGGUCGGCACCAGGGUGGUCCAAGUGCGAGCGCUGGACCCCGACUGGGGCUCCAACGGUCAGGUGACGUACAGCCUGGAAGAGGUGUCGUCGGGCGUCAAGUCCGCCUUCUCCAUCGACAGCAAGACGGGCUGGCUCACUACCGCCGUCGACAUGGACCACGAGAUGCGCUCCAGCUACAGCUUCCGUGUGAUGGCGUCCGACCUGGGCGAGUCGCGCUCGCUGUGGUCCGGCGCCACCGUCACGGUGGCCGUGUCGGACGUCAACGACAACCCGCCGCGCUUCCAGCGGGAGCGGUACCGCGGUGCCGUCAAGGAAAGCGACCCGCCCGGCGAGGUGGUGGCCGUGCUCAAGACCAGCGACGAUGACGGGACCGACCAGAACCGCAUGGUCAGCUUUUACAUUACAGGGGGUAACGUGGGCGGCGUGUUCGGUCUGGCGCUGGUGCAAGGCGAGUGGAAGGUGUACGUGAGCGGGCUGCUGGACCGCGAGCGUCAGGACCGCUACCUGCUCAACGUGACGGCCAGCGACGGCCUCUACGUGGCCCGCGCCACCGUGGAGGUCACCGUCAUGGACGCCAACGACAACAGCCCCGUCUGCAACCAGGCAGUGUACAGCGCCUCGUUUCUGGAGGACGUGGCGGCCAACACGGGCGUGCUGACGGUGGGCGCGUCCGACAUCGACUCGGGCUCCAGCGCCGAGAUCCAGUACUCGCUCUUUGGCAUUGGCGUGGAAGACUUCUACAUGGACGCAAACACUGGCGAGCUUCGCACAGUGGCGCCCUUGGACCGUGAGAGCCGUCCCGCCUAUAAGCUGAUCGCCCAAGCCACGGACGGCGGCGGUCUCUUCUGCCGCUGCGACGUGUUGCUGAGGCUCCUGGAUGUCAACGACAAUGCGCCAUCUUUCGCAGCCUCGCGUUACGUGGCUAGCGUGUAUGAGAACGCCGCGCCCAACACGCUACUCACGCGGCUGCAGGCCACCGACCCAGACCAAGGCCUCAACCGGACCAUCGUCUACUCCCUGGUGGACUCUGCCGACGGCUUCUUCUCCAUUGACCCGGUGUCCGGGGUAGUGGUCCUAGAGAAACCCCUGGACCGGGAGAGCCAAGACUCAUACCGGCUGCGUGUUCGGGCCACAGACCAAGCUGGGCUGCAGGGGGCGCUCUUCUCGCAGGUCGAAUUAACCGUGCUGGUCUUGGACGUGAACGACAACGCGCCGGUGUUCCAGAGGCGGGACUACACUGUCACCGUGCCCGAGGAUGUUGCGGUGGGCGCUGAAGUGUUGCGGGUGCUGGCCACCAGCGCCGACAUUGGGCCCAAUGCCGAGAUCUCCUACCGAAUCCGCUCGGGCAACGAGAUGGCCAAGUUCUCCAUUGACAUGGUUCUAGGGUCCAUUUCCGUGGCCGGUGAGCUGGACUUUGAGGUGUGCAAGGACUACUACCUGACAGUGGAGGCCUGGGACGGCGGCAGCCCGCCCCUCAGCGCCGCCACCGUGGUCACCGUUCAGCUGAUGGAUGUCAACGACAACGCCCCGGUCUUCAGCCGGGACGUCUACAACGUCCUGAUCAGCGAGGACACGCCGGUUGGCCAGUCCGUAACCAGGGUGCUGGCGGAGGACUUGGACAGCCAAGUUAACGGACGCAUCACCUACUCCAUCCUGAAAGGCGACCGGAGUAACCACUUCUGGAUCGACCCGGUGACAGGCCUGCUCAAAGUCAAUAAGCGUCUGGACCGCGAGCUGGUGUCCCGCUACGCUCUGUCAGUCCAGGCCUUCGACAGCGGCUCGCCUGCCAUGUCCUCAACCGUCGCCGUCAACGUGGACGUUGCCGACGUUAAUGACAACCCGCCAGUCUUCACCCCGCCCAACGCCACUGCUGUGGUCCAGCUGAGCCAAGCUCCCGGCAGCGUCCUCCUACGUUUGUCUGUCAGCGACAAAGACUCCCCCAGAAACGGACCACCCUUUGAGUUUGCCCUCGUUUCUGGCAACGAGGGUGGUUUCUUCACGUUGGACCAGACGGGAACGCUGAGGUCCAACCGCCAGUUCAGCCCAGAGUCCCCCCGGGAGUUCACCCUUGAAGUCCAGGUGAGCGACUCCGGGCGACCUCCUCUUCUCUCGUCCUCAUGGGUCUUUCUACGGGUCAUCGGGAACAGUCAGUACAAGCCGGCCGUCUCGCCCCUGGAAAUCUUGGUGGUGACGGCGACCGACACGUUCCAGGGCGGCCCGAUUGGUCGCAUCCACGCCACCGACCGCGACCCCAGCGACGCGCUGUUCUUCACCCACAGGCCGCAGGAUAAGAGCAUGUUUAGCAUCAACAGGCAGGACGGAAGUGUGAGCGCGCUACCGGGCCUCGAGCCGGGGAGGUACCAGAUGAACGCCACCGUGAGCGACGGACGCUUUGCCGUGAUCGCCGACGUUUCGGUCCAAGUGGAACAGGUGACGGACGUCCUGCUGCGUAGCGCCGUCGCCCUGAGGUUCCGCUCCCUGUCUCCCGAGGACCUGCUGGGCCGCUACCUCAACCAGAUCCGGCUGACCUUGCGAGCGCUCGCUGGCUGGAGCUGGUCGGCCGGACAACAAGACCCUCUCCACAUCCUCGGCGUGCAGCCGGUGAAGGGGACGUCUGACGUGGACCUUCUGGUGGCCAUCGAGAGGCCGGAGGUGUCCACAGGUCCUGCUGGGCGGUUGGGGGGCUUUUACACGCCCCAAGAAGUGUCCGGCAAGCUACAGGAGGCGAGGGGGCGGCUCCGAGGUGUCCUGGCUGGAGCGGAGGCAGUGGGCGACGCUUGCUCCGGGGAGCUGGCAUGUGGCGACAAGAUGUGCGAGCAGACGCUGGCCAUGGAAGCUGGCUCCCUACUGACGUACAGCACAGAGAGGCUCAGCCUGGUGUCACUGCCAUUCAGACGCAUUGAGACCUGCACCUGCCCCCGUGGGGCGUGUCCCAUCUCCGUGGAGCUGUGUGAAGGUUGGUCAUGUCCUGCGGACAUGCAGUGCGUUCGCUCCGGCCCGGCGGCGCCAUCUGUCUGCCAGUGUUUACCUGAGCGUCUGGACGAGUGUUCCGGUCAAAGGUCUCUGAGUUUUUCUGGCAACGGCUACAUCAAGUACAAAGUGACUGAAAGCGGUCUGAGCGGCGAGAUGAAGCUAGGCCUCAGCGUCCGUACGCUGCAGACCAGGGGGGUCAUCAUGUUCACCCGAGUGAAUCCCUGCACCAUGCUCAAGAUUGAAGGUGGCCGCCUGUGGUUCCAGCUGGACUGCGAUAACACCCUCGGCAUCAUGGGAAUCUCCGGGCGUCAGAUCAACGACGGGCUGUGGCACGCUAUAGCUUUGGAGCUGACCAGCAACUACACCCUUUUGUCAUUGGACGACAGCUACGUGGAGCGACGGCGAGCCGCCCGAGCACCCGUCCGCCUUUGGCCCGGCGCCCCGGAAUCCACCUUCUUCUUCGGGGCGCAGGUGAGGCCCCCGGCAGCAGGAGUCCAAGGGGCCAGGGCCCAAGAUGGCUUCCAGGGCUGCCUGGGCCGGCUGACACUCAACGGUAGAGAGCUGCCGCUGCAGAAUGAACGCAGUCGCUACGCCGAGAUUACUGGGCUGAGUGAGGUGGAGCUGGGCUGCGUCCUCUACCCGGACCCUUGUGUCAGCGCCCCCUGCCUCAACGGAGCUAUGUGCACCAGCAUGCCCUUGCAAGGCUUUGAGUGCACUUGCAUCUCUGGCUUCACCGGGGGACGCUGCGAGAGCCCAGUGACGCCCUGCACGCCAAACCCCUGUCAGGCUGGUGGCGAGUGCCAAGUCACUGAGGGUGGCAGCGCCUUUGUCUGCGGCUGCCCACCAGGACUCAGUGGUCUUAGAUGCGAUGAGGACGUGGACGAGUGUGAGCAGGCCGACUGCGGGGAUGGCGGUGAGUGCAUCAACACGCCGGGAUCCUUCUACUGCAACUGCACGGCGGGAUACGAGGAUGGGGCCUGCGGUGAGCCGGGUGACGGCAACAUAGGCAAUGACACGCAGGCGCAGCCGCUGUCGUACGUCGGUCCCGGCGAGAUCAUUGGAAUCGGCGUCCUAGGCUUUGUCAUCGUCCUGCUCCUCAUCCUCUUUGUCAUCUUCCGAAAGAAGAUCCCAUUUCGGAAGGACUCUGCGGCGUCAGCGGGGCUCUCGGGCGUCUUGGCCGUGUCGGCCAUUACGGAGACCAGCUACAUGCUGCGCAAGACCGGCAUGGGCGCAGAAGGCAUCGAGUUCAAGGCGGUGCGCGUGUCCAACUCGCCAGGGAAGGCGGGCGUCGGAGGAGACGGUGAAGGGGGCGGCGGCCUGACGAGACCUCCUCAGGUGCUGGUGAGACCCAAUGCUCACUCGGCUGGGGACAGACACAGCAGAGACGUGGACGGAAAUAGGCUUAGCAGCUUCCUGUCCGACACGUCCAACGUGCGCAGCAACCGUCGGGGUGUGGCCGUAUGCAGCGUGGCGCCCACCAACCUGCCGCCGCCGUCCCCCUGCCACCGCCUCAGUCAGCACAGCCCCGCCGCUCACAAGGUGUCCUGGGAGGGCGGGGACAGCGACGCGGCAGAAGUGAGGCGGCGGGACGAACGUGAGGACGAGUGGAGUCAAAGAGCCUUUGAGAUGCAGCGGACGGAUGCCAGUGACGGUGAGCGGUCGCCACCUGUGCAGAGCCACACGAUGGGUCUUUCGUCAGACUCCACGUCAGAAGAGCUCAGCUCGUACACGUCAGAGUCCUUUGAUGACAACGCCUCCAUUGUGACUGUCAUCCGUCUGGUCAAUGACACGGUGGACCACAUUGAGAGUGAAGUUUCCAACAUGGACAAGGAGCGGUGGCAGCACAGUCCUGCCUUCCCCUGGGACUCCCCCAGGCAGACCCCCAGCUGGUUUUCACCCUCCCGCCUGCGCCCAUCCGAGCUUGGGUCCCACUAUGACGUUAGUGACGCCCAGCGCAACAUUCGGCGGGGUGGCAGCACCCGCUCCCUGCAGCUGGACUACCCGAUCCAAGUUCAGAACAGCGACAGAGGCCGGGAGCCGGCGCCAGAGUCCCGGCAGAGGGCCUUCCAGUGGGAGAAGAACCAGUCGGGCGAGUGGCAGAGAAAAAGAUGGCUGGGUGGGGAGGGACGACAACGGAGCAGUGAGGAAUCGCCCGUCUACGAGGAGUACCGGGAGCCCCGACGAGACUCUGAUGGCAGCCAAGACUCUGAGUCUCUCUACGACACCCUGCCCCCAGCCCGGGAAGCCUACGACGGCUACCCACCGGGCCCGCCCGGCCUCAGUUUACACCCGGCCCAGCUGCUGCCCCCCUUACGGGCCUGGGCUUCUUCAAGCCGAGAGGACGAGGGCGGAAAUCUCGGCCCUGUGACCGGUUCUGGAGACGAGCUGGAGAGACUCUUGAACUUGGUGUCGCUACGCGCCCGGAGGGCCACGAGGACCAACAGAACCUCCACCGGGUCGGAACCUGGGGCAGGUUGGGAUGGAUUCAAAUGACAGACAAGAUACACGGCGGCCCAGUGAUGCCUCUCUCGUCCUGUUAGCGGCGCUUGAUUUUCACCGCAUGUGGCGCGCCGCUGCAAAGAUGUGAUUAAGAUUAACGGCGUCCUUGUUUAAUCAUUACGUUACUCACCAAUUAUUUAUUUCAUAAGGAGGUCGUUUGGCGGCCGAGCAGCACGGGCAUCAAAGCGCAAGAUAAUUAAAGGAAGACACUUUUAAGAUGGUGGGGGCACAAACAAACGCGCUGCCUCCAACUCAAUGCCGUGUUUUAUCACUGUGAAU